AUGGAGAUGUUUGAUGAUACAAUAAGAGAAUUAUUGAGUAAAAACAAGGAUAUUGCAAAAAUUGUAGAUUUAGAAAAGCUCUCCUAGCAACCAGGGUUUAGGAUUGAGCAAAAUAACAGCUACGUUUAUAUAGGAUAGGUGUAAAAUGGAAUGAAGCAUGGAACAGGUAUUUUAAAACUUUUAGACUCCUUAAGAAUUUAUGUGGGAGAAUGGCAAAACGAUAAAAAAUGUGGGCUUGCGUAUGAGAAAUUCUAAAGCGGAGCUGAGUAUUUCGGGAAUUACAAUAACAAUAAAUAAAAUGGUUAUGGAGAAUAUGUUUGGGCUAAUGGCGAGAGCUACAAAGGAAAUUGGGUAGAGGGCAAGAAGUGUGGUUAUGGAGAAUGGUUUGGAUAAAAUACUUCGUAUAAGGGUGAGUGGAAUAAUGGAUUUGUUGAAGGAAAGGGAGUGUAUUAAUCUGAAAAUGGGGAUUAAUAUACAGGAGACUUUUUGCAAUCAAUGAAGCAUGGAUUAGGGGAGGAAUUAUUUGCUAAUGGAGACAAAUAUGCAGGCAGUUUUAAAAGUGGGAAGCCAGAUGGCUAUGGAGAAUAUUAUUGGAAAAAUGGAAGUUUAUAUUAAGGUUUCUUCAUGGAUGGCAUGAGACAUGGGCAUGGAGUUUGGCAAUCUAAUACUCAAGGUAAAAUUGAUAGGUACGAGGGAGCAUAUUCUAACGAUAAAAAAAGUGGAUACGGAGAGUUUGUGUGGUCCAACGGAACUGUCUAUAAAGGAAAUUAUUUUGAUGAUUAUAGGUAGGGGUAUGGUGAGAUGUAUUAAAAUGGAUGGGAUCGAGGAGUCUAAGUGGAAAAAUCAAAUACAAGAUUUAGAUUUUAAUAGAAAAUGAAGACUCAAGAAACAACAACCAGGAAAUGGAAGUUCAACAACAUAGAUGAAAUUUAAGAAUUAGAAGAAGAAACUGUAACAUCCGGAGCUGAAGCAAAAAACGAGAAUAAUCUCAAAACUAUCUAGAAGAGUUCUCAAUAAUGUCGUUUGAAGACCUUAAAUGUUGAGAGUAAACCAUAAAAUAAUGAUUAUACUCCCAUGAAACGAAGUCUUUAGUUAUAAAAAAAGGCUCCACCUGUAAUUUAAACGAGAAGUCGAACGCAAUCUAUGGGCAGUUGUAAAAUACCAAUUCUAUAAUAAAAAUAAAGAUCAAAUUCGAAUUAGAUUACUAACAACUAAAAAAUUGAAUAACUAGUUAAAUUGUCUCCUUAUAAGCAAACCCUUAGAAGUGGAAGAUUUAAAUUAUAGAAAAUAUAACUAUGA